AUGAGGUAAUGUGUGGGAAAAAUCUCAUGCACAGUUGCUAGUUCAGAAAGAGUGAUCAAUAUAAUAGCUUCUCCCUCAUAUUUCUCUUCCUGCAUUGUUUAUUUUUUCACUGUCUUAUCUUUUCUCUCUUCUUCCCCUUCCCUGUUUCCUUUCUUCUGUCUUCUCAUUGGGUCCAUGGCAAAUUUCUGUAUUUGUGCAUUGAUGAACUUGGACUUACCAUAGUAAAGAAACUAUUUUUUAAAGUUUGAAUUCUUACAGGUAAAAGAGAGAAGUAAAAUGGAAUGGGAAAACCAAACAGUUCUGGUGGAGUUGUUUUUAAAGGGACUUUCUGGUUACCCGAAGCUUGAGCUACUCUUUUUUGUGCUAAUCUUAAUGAUGUAUGUGGUCAUCCUUCUGGGCAAUGGCACCCUUAUUUUAAUCAGCAUCUUAGACUCUCAUCUUCACACCCCUAUGUACUUCUUCCUGGGGAACCUCUCCUUCUUGGACAUCUGCUACACCACCACCUCUAUUCCACCCUUGCUGGUGAGCUUCCUCUCGGAAAGAAAGACCAUCUCCUUCUCUGGCUGUGCAGUGCAGAUGUUCCUUGGCUUGGCCAUGGGGACAACAGAGUGUGUGCUCCUGGGCAUGAUGGCCUUUGACCGGUAUGCGGCUAUCUGCAACCCUCUGAGAUAUUCUGUCAUCAUGAGCAAGGAUUGUUAUGUGCCCAUGGCGGCUGCAUCCUGGUUUGCAGGGCUUGUCAACUCUGCAGUACAAACUGCAUUUGUGGUACAGUUGCCCUUCUGUAGAAAUAAUGUCAUCAAUCAUUUCUCCUGUGAAAUUCUGGCUGUCUUGAAGCUGGCCUGUGCUGACAUCUCAGGCAAUGAGUUCAUCAUGCUUGUGGCCACGACGUUGUUCAUAUUGACACCACUGUUGUUAAUCAUUGUUUCUUAUACAUUAAUUAUUCUCAGCAUCCUCAAAAUUCACUCUUCUGAGGGGAGAAGCAAAGUCUUCUCUACCUGCUCAGCCCAUCUGACUGUGGUGAUAAUAUUCUAUGGAACCAUUCUCUUCAUGUACAUGAAGCCGAAGUCUAAAGAGACACUUAAUUCAGAUGACUUGGAUGCUACUGACAAACUUAUAUCCAUGUUCUAUGGGGUGAUCACUCCCAUGAUGAAUCCUUUAAUAUACAGUCUCAGAGAUAAGGAUGUGAAGGUGGCAAUAAAACAUCUGUUUAACAGAUGCUUUUUUAGCAAGUGA